UUAUCAACAAAUUUGAAUGUAAAUAGCAUUGAAGUAAACACAACAUCGGGUGUUGUGAGAGGUCUGACACUACAGGUGCUCAACAAAACUGUUGACCAGUUUUUGAAUAUACCGUUCGCUGAGCCACCGAUCGGGGAUUUGAGAUUUGCACCGCCCGUACCACUCAAACAGCCUAUCAAGUGCAACUCCUCCAUAACGAACGGCCAAAUGCACACCAAAACCAGGGUGAUUCGCUGUAGAGGGGGUUCGCUAUGGAGGAGUUGCACUGAUGUUAUCGAUGGCACAAAACGUCGUAACUCUUGUAUGCAGUCAUCAGAGUCUUUGACAAUAAGUGAAGACUGUUUGGUAUUAAACAUAUGGACACCAAAUGCGGGCAAUAAUAACACAAACAAAUCACAGCUCAAACCCAUUAUGUUUUGGAUAUACGGCGGCGGUUUUGUACGAGGGUCAAUUUUUUUCGAAUCAUACAACGGGUCCAUUUUGGCCACCAAUGAUGUGGUGAUUGUGUCCACAAACUAUAGGUUAGGACCGUUUGGUUUCCUAUACGGGGAUCGGGAGGACGCGCCCGGAAAUGUCGGCUUUUAUGACCAGUUAUUGGGCCUGAAAUGGGUUAGAGAAAACAUCCACUCAUUUGGCGGAGAUAGGGAUCAGAUCACCAUUUUUGGUGAGAGCGCCGGCAGUCGGUCCGUAUCGGCGCACAUACUCUCCCCGUUAUCUAAAGGUCUAUUCAGGAGGGCUAUUAUGGAGAGCGGCGCACAUCUGUUCAAUAAGGAUAGGGACGUGCAGUCAAAAGCUGAGUCCAUAGCACAGGGCAUACAAAUGGCACAACACGUUAAUUGUAGCCAAACUGAGCAUUGGUUGCAAUGUUUGCGAAACAUUAGCGCCGAAGAUAUGCUAAAACUGUCGACAAAAGUGAUAUCAUUCCCGAUAUUAGGCACAGAAUUUCUACCAAUUGGUGCUCAAAAUGCAUUUAAAACUCAACAAUUGAACUCGGAUAUAAACAUACUGUCCGGCAUUACUCGUACGGAGGGCUCAAUACUGGCCGUACAGUACAACUACACCAACAUUAAAACCAUCGAUGACUUUAAGACAUAUAUCAGGGCAGCGGAGAAACGAUACCAUGGAUUAGUUGCUGACAAAGUGGCCGAUUUUUACCUUAAUGGUGUCGACACCGGUAGCCCACAAGCCCUUCAAUGGGCUUUCUAUCAAUUUUUUGGUGAUUUACUUAUGGGUUGUCCGACAUAUCUAUUCGCCAAACAUAUGGCCGCUAUUGGUCUACAAAACAACCAUAAUGUCUAUUUUUAUCGUCUGGAUUAUCAAAGCCAAAAACAGGCCAUUGCCAGGAGCUGUAACGAAAGCACCAUGGAAAACCAGAUGAUAUAUGGCCCCAUUUUAUUGUUCUUAAUGUACCUAUGA